AUGUUUCAUCUUCUUCUUUUGCAAUCGCGAGUUUUCUUCCCUACAACACUGUUCAACGAGCGAACCUUCAAUAGGAUCUCAUUCAGUCGCGCUCCUCACGUAGUUCUUAUUGAUUCCCAAUUUAUUAAGAUGGAUAACUAUGCAGACUCUGUUAGGGUUGAUUUGAACAAUGUUGAUUAUAGUGAUUCAUUUGAUGCUGAAUGUAGUUGUGAUGAAGAUGUUAAUUAUGUUGGUUCUAGUGAUCAUAAAAGUUCAAAUGAUGAAGAUGAAUCUGAUAAUGAUGAGGAGGAGGAAUCGAUUUGA